CCAUGGGAGAUGCCCUUUCGGUUUUCUUGUCUGGGUGGCAACAGGAUUUUACUUUAAUGAUUUCCCAGCGAGAGAGGACUAAAGUAUGACCUUCUCACGCGCUCCCUCUGCCGCUGGGCCGGGGAUGGUCAAGAGGGACGCGCGUCCAGGAGGCCAGGGCCCGUGGUUCGCUGUCCGCCUGUCCUCAAGGCCGGCGCCCACCUCCGGGCUCAGUGCGCUGCGGGAUCCUCCCGGGGCCGGCUUCUCCCAGCGCCUCUGCGGCCUCUGCAGCGCGUGGUGCUUUCCUGGGAGCCCCGGCCUGCGCCCCACCCUGGGUGCUUUUGGGGUGCGAAGCGUUGCUUGCUGAAGUGGGGUAGAGCAUCUUUAGGUUUGUUUGUCCUCCGCAGGCUGUUCAUUUCCCAGCAGUUCAGCUGCACAUGAGCAGAACAGCAAUGAGAGCCAGUCAGAAGGACUUUGAAAAUGCAAUGAAUCAGGUAAAACUCUUGAAGAAGGAUCCAGGAAAUGAAGUGAAGCUAAAACUCUACGCACUGUAUAAACAGGCCACUGAAGGAUCUUGUACUAUGCCUAAACCAGGCGUGUUUGACUUGGUCAAUAAGGCCAAAUGGGAUGCGUGGAAUGCCCUUGGUAGCCUGCCUAAGGAAACUGCCAGGCAGAAUUAUGUGGAGUUGGUAUCCAGUUUGAGUUCUGCAUCACAGCCCUCUAGCCAGGUGGAGCCUGGAGCAGACAGGAAACCAUCUGGAUAUGAAACCCUGGAGGUGAUCUCAGAAGAUGGCAUCACAAAGAUCAUGUUCAACCGGCCCACCAAAAAAAAUGCCAUGAACACUCAGAUGUAUCAUGAAAUUAUGCUCGCACUCAAAGCUGCAAGCAAGGAUGACUCAUCGGUAACUGUUCUAACAGGAAACGGUGAUUAUUACAGUAGUGGGAAUGAUCUGGCUAACUUCACUAAUAUUCCCCCGGGUGGACCAGAGGAGAAAGCUAAAAAUAGUGCCAUUUUACUGAGAGAUUUUAUAGGCUGUUUUAUAGAUUUCCCGAAGCCUCUGAUUGCAGUGGUAAACGGUCCGGCUGUGGGGAUCUCCGUCACCACUCUGGGGCUGUGUGAUGCUGUGUAUGCGACUGACAGGGCAACAUUCCAUACUCCAUUUAGCCACCUAGGCCAGAGUCCAGAAGGAUGCUCCUCCUACACUUUUCCAAAGAUAAUGGGCCCGAGCAAGGCAACGGAGAUGCUUAUUUUUGGAAAGAAGAUAACAGCAAGAGAGGCAUGUGCUCAAGGACUUGUUACUGAAGUUUUUCCUGAUAACACUUUUCAGAAAGAAGUUUGGACCAGGCUGAAAGCACAUGCAAAGCUCCCCCCAAAUGCCAUGAGAAUUUCAAAAGAGAUAAUCAGAAGUAGGGAGAAAGAAAAGCUACAUGCUAUUAAUGUUGAAGAAUGCAAGGUCAUUCAAGAAAGAUGGCUGUCAGAUGAAUGUAUGAAUGCGGUCAUGAAUUUCUUAUCCAGAAAAGCAAAACUGUGAUUGAUGACCACUACAGCAGAGUUAAGCAUAUCCAAGGAAGAAAUGUGCUGUUAACUUAUUUCUAGCACUUGAACUAAAAAACUUCAUUGUGCCUUUUUUGUAGUGAGAAAAUAUCAAUUAUGAUAAAUAUAUUUUAUCGCAGCUCUGAUAAAUAAAAAAUUUUAUAAAACAA